CAAAGCAGGGGUGGACUGACAACUCAUGGGGUGCCCCCGGCAAUAGGGGGACCUGGGGAAUCUCCUUGCCCAAACUCAAAAAAAAAGCCUAUGAAAAAGGUACCAGGGGCAUUCUCAUGGGGCCCCCUACUGACCUCAAGCCCUCGGGCAGUGCCCGAGUUUCCAAAUGGUCAGCUCGCCCCUGCACUUAAGUCACAGUCACUGUGUAGGUAUAUAGUAGAUGUAGACUUGCUAUUCUCUACCACUUUGAUUUAAAUUUACACUUAAACAUGGUAAUUGUAGGAUACAACCAAC